GUUAGUGCCCUGUGUGUCCGGGGAUUACACGGCACAAUAUGGAGGCUCGUCCGUUACUCGGAUUUCACGUGUGGUAUUCCUAUGGUCACUGUGGAGGUCACUUGAUCCAGCAUUGUGUCACCUUGUGAUCGGGUGAACUGGUGGCGGCACUAUGGCUCUAGCCUUGGGCAGAUUCUGCUCUUCCUACCGGAGCAGUCUCUGGAGGUCGCUCUCUGGAUGUCAGGAAGCUUUGGAUAGAUUAUGUUGUCCUGGUCUGGGCCCUCAGGAGUCAAGUCUUCAUACAUCUGCCAUAGCCUCAGCUGGACAUAAUAAGUGGUCCAAAGUGAAGCAUAUUAAGGGUCCAAAGGAUGCAGCCAGGGCACGUCUAUUUGCCAAGCUCACCAUGAUGAUCAAAGUGGCAGUGAGAGAAGGGGGGCCACACCCUGACUUUAAUCCACAAUUGUACCAACUGGUUGAGCAGGGCCGGCAAAGAAACAUGCCGAAAGCUUCCAUAGAGGUUGCAAUUAAAGGAGCGGAUAAAUGUAAACCCACAUCUUAUGCACUAUAUCAAGCUCGCGGGCCCGGUGGAUGUUCCCUAAUUAUCGAACUCUUGACUGAUAACACCAAUCGCUCUUUUGCAGAGCUAAGAGGCCUGCUGAAUAAAAAUGGAGGAACCCACACUGAUGUGUUGCAUUGCUUUAACAAAAAGGGGAUCGUGACCGUCCAGACCCAAGACCGAGAUGGCAAACCUGUGCCGAUGGAGCAGGCUCUUGACAUGGCGAUACAGGCAGGAGCUGAGGAUGUGCUGGAGAUACAGGAUGAGGAGGAGGAGAAAGAUGUCUAUAAGUAUGUCUGUGGUUUACCCACACUGCGAGACGUCCGCAGCCAGCUCAUCUCCUUGGGAUUAGUGCCCAUCUCCUCCGGGCCGGAGUAUUUGCCAAACAUCACCGUAGAGCUCUCUGACACUGACAAAGAAAGGGUCUUCAAACUCUUGGAAUUGAUUAAAGAUCAACCAGAUGUCAUGCGGGUCUACGAUAACAUAGAAUAGCAAGAAACCCCUGAGGAGCAGCCGGCUCGUAGAGCCGAGUGGAAGGGACCGUACAGCUACAGAACUAACGGCUUAAACCAUAAACUCCGUGUGGGUUACGAGUUUUAUUUCUUACAAAGAUCUACGUGAACCUAGAUAUGUAGUGAUAUCGCUCAUCACUGAACUGAAUCUGCCGCAGUUUAAAGGAGUUUCCACUCUUCGGAUAUUGAUGAUCUGUUGUCCGGAUAGGAUGGAAGAGACAUCGCAGGCCAAGGAAGCGCCAAGCGCCCGAUCCCUUUCCUGCACUUGAUUGGCGGGGGGUGUCAGGAGUCAGACCUUCCCCAAUCGGAUAUUAAUGACCUAUCCUGGCGAUAUGUCGUCAGUAUUUAAUUCCCAGAAAACUCCUUUAGGCUGUAUUCACACGACCGUAUGUGUUUUGCGGUCUACAAAAAAUACGAAGAACGUCCUUUUGGCAUUCGUAU